UUGAAAAGCAUCGCUUCGGCGGUCGCGUUGUUCAGUUUGCGUCGGGCUCAAAAAUAUUUUAUAAAAACAUUUUAAUGUCUCUAAGUUAUCAAGAUCUACGUGCAGUCUUAUAAAUGUGAAAGCAAAAAUGACUGGAACAGUGCUUGAAAAUCUAAGCGGUCGCAAAUUGGCAGUGCUCAUAUCGUUUUUAUUGCUUUGUCAAGUGGUAUGUUUUUUGAUAGGUGGUUUGGUCGCGCCCAUGCCGGCAAACGCGCAAACAAUCCUAGGAACUGUUUGUAGAGACACGACAAAGGAGAAAAAUGACACGACAAAGUGGUUUUACAACCGCGGCAAGGGUAAAUGCGAGACCGUUAACCUCGCCGAUUUACACCACGACCUGUCCGAAUCGGACAUUGUUUUCGCUUUUCAAAUGCCGAUUCCUCGUGAAGGAAAGACUUUUGACUACUCGAGAUGGCAGCAAAACUUGAUUGGAGUGCUUCAAAUGGAUAUAAAAUACCAUUCACAGAUGGAAAUUAAACCGCAUAGUACAGUGACGAUCGAUGCCCGUCUCGCGUAUCGAAAUAAAGGCGAUCCAGACGAUGCAUGGAAAUUAUACACGCUCUCCGUCGAAAAAAGGAAUCUAGACUGCGAUAUUGAUAUAAAGAGUGAGGAAUAUUUGUAUAAUUGCACAGCAAUGCCUCUGUUUGAACUCGGUUCACUAUAUCACGACUAUUAUUUAUUAAAUAUUAGACUUCCAGUUGAUACAAAGGACAUGAAUGCACACAUUGGACACAUACAAGACAUGUGGGUCACUGUGAUAAAUCAAAAUGGAGGAUUCACCAAAGUUUGGUUGUCUUUGAAAACAGUAUUCUUUCCGUGCAUCAUAGGUAUAUUGGCUUGGUUCUGGCGAAGAAUACAUUUGUUGCAACGGAAGCCUGUACUGUUGGAAGAAAUGUUAUUCACUCUGGGAAUAGCUAUGUGUAUACUAGACAUGCCAAUUGAGUACUUAACACUUCACUUCGAUCUACCAUUUAUGUUACUAUUGAGUGAUGUCAGACAGGGCUUCUUCUACGCUAGUUUAUUUUCCUUCUGGCUUGUUUUCGCCGGGGAACACAUGAUGAUUCAAGAAGCGAAGACUAAGAAUACUUUAAGAAAAUAUUGGCGUCAUUUGAGCGCUGUUCUCUUGGGAUGUGUGUCACUAUUUGUAUUUGAUAUGUGCGAGCGGGGUAUACAGCUACGGAACCCAUUUUACUCAAUCUGGGUCACAGAACUGGGAACAAAUCUUGCUCUUUCAUUUAUUAUUCUUGCGGGGAUCUCAACUGGAAUAUAUUUCAUGUUUUUGAGCUUUAUGAUAUGGCAAGUGUUUAUAAAUAUAUCUCACAAGCGAGAAUCUCUGCCGGCCAUGUGUUCUGUGCGUCGCUUGCACUACGAAGGGAUAAUAUAUCGUUUUAAAUUCUUAAUGUUGGCGACGAUGAUAUGCGCCGCUAUGACGGUAAUUGGAUUUAUUCUCGGACAAGUUGCCGAGGGGCAAUGGAAGUGGGACGAGAACAUUGAAUUGGAGUAUACAUCUGCAUUUUUUACUGGAGUGUAUGGAAUGUGGAAUAUUUAUAUAUUCGCCCUGUUGGUACUGUACGCGCCUAGCCACAAACAUUGGCCCGAGAGUGACACUACAUCAGACACACAGAACUUGAGUGAGGAAAUAGAAUUUAACCGCAUUCCGAGCGAGCGCAGUGAGAUUUCCUCGCUAACGUCGUUUAUCGCGAAGCCUACCGUAGACUAAACUUGUACUUAAGAAUCUCAUUGUAUAGCUUUGUAGUUAAAAAUCAGUAUUACGCGAGCAACUCAAAUAUUUAACGUUACAACUCUUUAUAUAGGAGUACUAUCUAAGUGAACAUAACCUUUUUAGAUAUAGAAAUAGUUGUAAGCUAUCUUUUACUUAAAACAUUAUAAUAUUAGCUCAGGUAAAUCUGAGUCACUCGACAUUCUUAAAUCAGGUAUAUGACCUUGAUCUUUCUAAAGCUUGUAUGAAUUCCUAAAUUUAUUUGCCAUUAAUUUUUCUGUGAUAUUUUCCAUGAAUUUUUUAUAACGCAUUUACAUUAUGUAUUUAAUUCGUGUUGCCAGUAUCGUUAAUGAUAUUCGACUGUAGUGUAUUUUUUUUGUAUGUGAUUAGCAAAUAAAUAUUUUGAAAAUGUA